AUUAUAUAGGUGUCGGGUUAGAAAUGGCCGGCCUAUAUGUUUUAUGCGCAUAUACGUUGUUUCCGCUUAUCUGGAGUGAAUCAAAUGUUUUACUGAUAGGACAAAGAUUAUGUUUAUUUUUAUAAAUAUUAUGGUAUUUGCGUACUGCUUCCUCAUUUCUAAAAAAUCUAUUUAUACUACCUGUGCGUAAUAGUAAUCUGAGUAUUAAAGUUGAAGGAAAUUUUUUUGAUUCAUUUCAUGAAGAGGAAAAUGUGUGAUUAACACCAAAAAGAAAAUCGACGAAGAAUGGGGCGUAUUGAUGAUGUCAUAGCUAAAUCAUUAAAAGCCUUUGAUGAAGAAAAGUAUUCUGAGGUCAAGCAGUAUGUUUGGGAAGCCAUUACGCUAGCUAAUCAGGAGCAAGAGGCAUACUUUAACUCUGAACACGAUGAGGAGAAGGAGAAAUCAUUAGCCAGGUGGUUUUCAGAAUGUGAAACAAUUUUAUUUAAGAUUUUCGAUUACUGGAACUCUUUGAAGUAUGCGUACAUAGCUUCAGUAUUUUCUGAGGAAAUGCCUACAGAGGUUGACAAGCGCUGGAUGAAACUGGUCUAUGAACAACCACAGGAGAGACUUGUAAACAUGAAGGAGAAAUUACAAGGCUUUCUGUCAACUUUGGGGGAGAUUGCAAAUCUUGCAAUGUUGAAUAAAAAAUGGACGACAGCUUUGAAAAUCGAUACAUUAGUCGACUGUAUCAUUAUAUUCCUAAAUUUAGUACAUUCUGUUGCUGUUGAGAAUCCUGAUGGGCAUCUGGCACUCUUGAGAAAAGCAAAAUGCUACUUCCAUUUGAACGAUCACGAAAAUGCACGAGCGCAAUGUAAAUUUGUCCUGGACAAUAUGAGCGAGUACAACGACAGCGAGGCAUUGGAAUUAUUUGCAAGAUCACUCCUAGCAACGGAAAACUAUAAAUCUGCUCUAGAUUAUUGCAAAAUAGCAGUAACUUGCCCAAAGAACACCAGUUCAGACAAAGACAGACUAGAUAUACUUCAAGCAGAAAUCGAAAGCAUUAUACGUGCUUCUCCAAGACUUACUGAUUCCGCAGCAGACAUGAGGUGGAUAGCAAAUGAACAUCAAAUGGCCUCGGAAGGAAAUUGUACUCAGAGAAAGACAAAGCGUUCUAAAAGGCACAAAAGACCCAAAGCAAAAACUCCCUCUACAGAGCACCCAUAUACAGAUCAGCAAACAAAUUUACACAAUCUGCAAACACACCAAGGACACAAUGACCAUGACUCCUCCUCUUCCGACGUACCUACAGAAUCAGAAUAUUUGUCCAGUGAUAGUUCAGACGAAAACCCUGUUUUUUCUGUGGUAAAACCUCAAACGAUGGAAAAAAGUUCGAAGAACCCACAAACGAAAAAUUAUCAACUGUCACGAGAUGAUUCUUUAAAAGCCGAUCUCAAAGACGAAACUUUCUAUCAGAAAAGUGAAAAGUACUAUGCCGACAGCAACUCAGAACUGAAUGAAAUUACCGAGCUUGAAACAUUGUUGAAAAAUGGGUUAACCGUCAAAGAUAGUAACACAGAUGAAGAAAACAAAUCCGGUCUUGACAAUGAAACUUUAACCGAAAGACUCCAACAGAACCCACAUAAGUAUAUUCGAUGUAUCAUACAAAUAAUUGGACCACAUGAGUCUGUGUGUACACCGGUGAAAAACAACAUUAAAUCUCAAAUAACUAUUUCUGGACGAUCUAAAGCAGGACAGGCAUUUAUGGAAGAUGAAGUCGUCGUCGAAGUGUAUGAUAAUGCAAAAAUGCAUGGCAAAGUUAUUGGUAUUUUAGAGAGAAAAAGACACAAAGGUAUAAAACAUCCUGUUUUUCUCUGCACAUCUGAUGAGUUCGAUGCCAGAUUUGCGCGGCCGAUAUGUAACACAGUCCCAAAGAUAAAGCUUUUGCAUCCACUUUAUAGGCAAGAAAAUUUUAUCUAUGUUUACAAAUAUGAUGAUGAGCUCAUACAAGACAACAAAUUCCAUAUAAAUGAAAUAAAAACAUGUAUUAUUACUGUUGCUCUUUUAAAAUGGAGCCAAACACACCAAUAUCCGUUGGGUGUAGUGAUAAAAAUUUUGCCACAAAAUGAAGACUUAGAUUCCAGUUUAAGGCUUGUCAGUUUGAAGUAUCGGCUUCCAUAUUUGUAUCAUGAAGACACUGUGAAGCAGGUUUCAGAAAUGAUGCACAUUGACGAACCAGACUUAAUAUAUCUCAAAAACAGAACAAAUCUAACGUCUCUUAACGUCUUCACGAUUGACCCUACUUUUUCGACUGAUUUGGAUGACGCAAUUAGCAUUGAACAGACAGGGGAACAUUACCUUGUAGGUGUUCAUAUAGCAGACGUGGCUAGCUUCAUACAGAAAGGUUCAGAAUGUGACAUAGAAGCCCUAUACCGGGCAACGACAUUUUAUUCCGGAAUAGCAGAAGCAGCAACGAGACACAUGUUUCCCGAACCAUUAAGUACAAAUGUAUUAAGUCUUAAGCCAGGAAAAGUAAGAUUGACUUUAUCUGUAUUUUUCACUAUGAAUAUUGAUGGAUGUGUCACUUCUUACAAUAUACAAAAGACUUACAUUCAGUCCAAGAGGCAAUUAUCAUAUAUUGAGGCUCAACAGAUGAUCUUAUCAAAAACAGAUACAAAUAAACUUACGAAGGAUAUCCAGCUGUUACAUACGAUAGCGAAAGCUUUGAGAUGGCAGCGAUUGGGAAAUGCCAUGCAUGCUUUGAAUUUUCAGUUCGGCGAACAAGGUGAGGAAUCUAUUGAAAAAACAUUUGAGGCAAGAUACCUCAUAGAAGAAUUUAUGAUACUUUCAAAUAAAACUAUAGCCGAUGUACUGUGUCAAAAAUAUCCAGGUUAUAUACCAUUACGUUGUCAUCCUGAGCCUUCAAAAGAACAUUUAAAUUUACUUUUCAAAAAAUAUGAUUGUUACAUUGAUACGGUGGUUAAAAUGCAAAACAAAACCAUACCUGGGCAGAAAAAGCCUUCUUUCAGAAAUGUUGAAGAAGGAGCCGCAAAAGUCUUUGUAAGUGACCAAAUAUGGGAAGAAAUUAAAAUGACACCAGAGAGAGCUUCGGAUCUCUUACGGAAAGAUCAGUUAUUUCCUUUCCAGUUUCUUGUAUGGCAAGAUUGGUUGGCAAUACAAGAGCAUGCAAGCUACGUGACUGGAAAAGAAAAUGCCAUCCAUUAUGACUUGGGCACACAGAGAUACGUUCAUUGUACCUCCCCUAUAAGAAGAUACAAUGACCUGAUAAUUCAGCGUAUACUGCACGCAUGUUUAGAUAAAAGAGAAAAAUGUCCUUACGAAAAGGGUGAACUUGCGGAAAUGUACAAAAAUAUCAAUUCUAGAAUGAAGACAUCUUUAGAUUAUAGAAAAAGCUGUCAAACAUUAAAACUUGCAGCUGAACUGGAGACAGAUCCACAGAUGAUGCUAUGUUUUAUCAGUGACAUUUCCGAUAAAGGGAUUGAAUUGUCAUUUCCUCAAAUGGCAUUCGUGUCUAAACACGACAGACAGAUCAACUUUAAUACAUUACAAGUAGAUCACAAACCAGUUCUAGAUAUAACACGAAACACAACAUUGCCGAAAGCUGAAGCUUCAUGGACCAAGAGAAUUUACGACUAUAACGAGCAGAUCGGUUCCACCAAUAAAUACUCUACAGAAACGAGGCUGAAUCCACACCAAGGUGUUGUUGCCAUACCGAUAUCAAAUUGGGCAUCCUUAUUAGACAGUGCGUUUAAGAAAACGAAUCAAGACAUAAGAAAGGAGAUAAAAAAAACUAAAGCAGUAUAUUUGUCCCGUGGAGCGGGUACAGCUGACAUUAAAACAUCGUUCGUUAAACAGUGUGACGUUCAGCCUUACGUAAAAUUUACUAUGUCGUAUACGCACGGACAGACGGUGAAGGUUCUUAUGUCAACAACAAAGCAUAAAGGAACCAUAGUGCCGAAACCCGUGCUUUAUCAUAUGACUGAUAGCAUUAACAUGUGUUUAAUGCAUAUUGAAGACCCUGUUAUGCAUCUUGCAGAAUAUGCAAAUCAACCAACAUGUGUCGAAUAUAAAAACACUCAAGAAUAUGUAGAUAGAUGGAUGCCACUUAUUUUAAUGGAGGCUGCUACUUGCAGCAUUCGUAACGAGGAAUCAAUCUGUAUCAGUCAUGUACCGAUUACAGUUACCGGCAGAAGCAGUGGGCAAUUUUCGCUGUCUGUUCAUUUUUGUGAAACAAGGCGUCUAAAUUUAAAUGAAUUAGAAGAAGACGAAGAUCAAAACAUUCAUAAGGGUUCCAACGACAGUCACUGGCUUUGCUUGAAAUUUAUCCUUCCACAAGCGCAAGUUGGCGACUAUAGGUACAUAUGCCCAUCUGAGCGUGUUUUAGUUGCUCAUGCGCAUGUUGUAAAAGUGACAAGAACAAACAGAAAAGACGAAGAAUUACAGGUUUCAUUUGAAUUGCACAGACUUUCUUCCUUUCCAAAAGAAAUAACGGAAGAAGGACAUGCCAAUAUCGAAAUAAUUGAAAAGUCUGAAGAAGACAGGAGAACAAUGCAUUAUAUUCAUCAACUGCUGUCAAUGAAUAGCAGAAAACAAAAAUUACCAGAACAAAUAGCUCUUCAAAAGAAAAUCCCUCCGUUGGAUACAAUGCGUGUGAGACAGGCUAAUAUAAACCUAGAACUGCCAGGUAAUGCAGGAGCAAGACAGCUUCCAAGAAACAAUGAUCGACAACAAAGCGCUAUAGACGCUGCAUUGAAAAACCGAUUGACACUUAUACAAGGCCCUCCAGGAACUGGCAAGACCAACUCUGCCAUAAAACUAAUUUAUCUGUUCGACAAAAUAAAUCAGCAAGUGAGUGACGAGAGCAAAACUCCAAAAAAGAAAGUAUUGUUCUGUGGACCUUCAAAUAAAUCCGUGGAUCUAGUAGCAAGACUGAUGCUGGAGAGGUUGGGGACAUAUUGCCCAAAUAUUGUACGUGUUUAUGGGCAAACAAUUGAAGAAAAAGUCUUUCCCGUGCCAGGCCAUUUGCCGAGAAAGGGACAAACGGCUGAUGAUCAACUGAAAUCAGUCUCGUUGCAUCUAUUAAUUCGUAAGGAUGACAGAAGAUAUGCGAAAGAAAUUCAAAUUUACGACAAGAAAUUCAAGGAAUAUCGCGCUUCAUCACAGGCAAACAUUGACAUAACGAAAGGAUAUAAAAAAUUGAUAAGAAAAGCAUCAGUUGACGAAAUAAAACAGCAUGACGUCAUUUUAUGCACAACAUCUGUAGCAUGUAGCAUUAAAGUUACAAGAGGAGCUGAUAUACAACAAGUUAUAAUUGACGAAGCUGCAAUGUGUCAAGAGCCACAAUGUUUAGGCCCUAUCAUUGCAAACAAAGUGGAGCAAGUUGUCCUUAUAGGAGAUCACAAACAAUUAAAACCAAUCAUCAUGUGUAAGAGAGCCGCUAAUCUUGGAUUGGACAUGUCUUUAUUUGAACGUUAUGCAUCCAGAUUCGAAAACAAUUUCCCACCGCCGCAAAAUUUUCAUCAGUCGGUACUUACAUGGAAAGGCGUAAAAUUCAUUCGACUAACGGACCAAUAUAGAAUGGAUCCUUACAUUUGCGAGUUUCCAUCCGAACGUUUUUACGCUGGGAGUUUAACAACACUAUUUCUACCGAAUGUUUUGUGGGCAAAGUCUCCUCUUGCUAUUGAUACAUUGGGCAUCAAUUAUCCACAUGUUCUAAUCGAUGUGAAAGGUGAACAAAAAAUUCAGAAUGUUUCUGACGAGGAUGGGAACGACAGAUCCCGGUGUAACGAUGCAGAAGUGAAACAAGUGGUAACUGUUUACAAGUAUCUGAUCGAAAGGGGAGUUCCACCAGACUGGAUUCGAAUCCUGUCUCAAUAUAACGCACAGUGUUCUGAAAUUAGGAAAGCCCUUGACGUAAGGUAUCACCAAAGUGUCAGCACUGUUGUUACAAGCCAAGGUGGAGAAUGGGACUAUGUGAUAUUUAGCACUGUUUGUUCACUUCCUCCGUAUAUGAUAGAGACACGUCCUUCCCCAGGAUGGUGCAAACAGAACCUAGGUUUCAUCACAGACAAAAAUCAAAUUAAUGUUGCACUGACUAGGGCUAGAAAGGGGCUAUUCAUAAUUGGAAACAAGGACUUGCUGUCUUGCGACUCGGUAUGGAAUGAUUUGAUCCGUGACUAUGAAGCAAAGGCCAGUGUUCUAUUACCUGAUGAAUUCCCACCGUCUCAUCAGCACGGAAGAACACGACGCACAAAAGGAAGACGUCGAUGUACGAACGGAAUAAACAGAUCAAAUAUUCCAGGACUACAAGAAAGAAAUUUUGAAAGAAAGUGAAAAAACAUUAAGAGUUUUUAUACGAGUUGCCUGCAGUAAUCGACCUUUGAAUAUGCUGUAAACAACUGUUUUCCCUAAUUGUGUUCUAACAGAAAACCUUUCAAAACACGGCAUUGUAAUUUUUCUAUCAACACGGUCCAUGUUUUGAACGAAAGAAAUUAAUAACUAAUGUAUUGGUGUACACAGUAUUUAUCUUUUACCAUUGAUUGUUUAUUUUUUCAAACAUACUGUAAAAGCACAUAUUUUCGCUGGGUCAAAAUUUCGCGAAUUUUGAAUUUUGAGUACGUUUGCGAGGUUUAAUAUUCGCGAAAUUGUUAAAAUGGUAUCCAACUUUCAUUUGAAUUAUACAGAUGGUAAACAUUUACUCACGAAUAUAGCGAAAAUUAAACCCUCGCAAAAUUUACUGCUUUUACUGUGUAUUUUCAAAUUCCAAUUGCAUUUGGCACAAAAGUUGAAAGAGACAAAAACUGUCAUUAAUUGCAUACGACACGUCUGUAAUCAUAAAAUGUUUAUUAUACAGCCAAACCUGUCUAUAAAGACCACCCUUAGGAGAUCCAAAAUGUGGUCUUUAUUGGGAGGAGGCCUUUUGUCACAGGUUAAAAUACACUUUUUAAAAAAUGUUAAAAUGGGAAAUCAGUGUGUCAUAAUGUAUUUUUCAUCUUUUUCAAAAACAUCAACUUUUUUAUGUUUUUAUAUUUACUUCUGUCUAGAUAGGUUUGUUAAUAGAUGUUUGAAUUAUACUGGAGAUGACAAAUAUGUUUUACUAAAUUAACUGUUGUAUUCUUUCGUAAGAAUUCGUUAUACGUGCGUAUUUGAAGAAAU